AUGGCCACAAAUGGCGAAAAAAAGGGAAUCGCGAAUCUCAUGAAGUCCUACAUGAACUUGAGUGUAGCACCUUGUGACGAUUUCUACGAGUAUGCCUGCGGAAACUAUAAAUCCAACUCUAUGCUCCGAUAUCCGAUUUCGGAGAACAGGCCGGAUGACAUCACGAAGCACUUGGUGGGCAGGGCAAAACAAUUAUUAAACAGAAUAGAUUUGGCGGAGACUCUCAAUAUGUCCAGCGAACUAGAAGUGGCACAAAGAUUCUACAACGCCUGUUUGGCAGCUGAUCUCCAUCCGUUUCCUGCUGCUGAUCCGAAUUACCUAAAACUCAUUCGGUCGAUUGGAGGAUUUCCUGCUGUCGAUGGUGCCAACUGGAAUCCCUCUAACUUCAGUUGGUUUAACAUGAGCGCCCACUUGACCAACUACGGGGCAGAGGGUCUGGUCCACGAGGAGCUGAACAACGUUUAUCCCUUCCACCCAUACUUAGAUCAACGACCAAAGCUGGGGUUUGACACCACCAUUCAGAAAGACACCAUCGUCAGCCACUCUUCCUACCCACUCAACGAGGAGCGCAUGCGAGGAUACUUAAGAUCCUUUAAGCUAUCAGAGGACAAAAUUGCAGAGGUGAUCGACGGUGUUAUCGCAUUCUGGCAUGAGGCAAUCAAGGUGGAAGAAGAUAACACAUAUGGACACUGCGAAUCCUUCGAGGCUAACUACUUAAAGAUUGUGUGGCACAGGGAUUUAUCCACGGAGGACGAAUCUUGCAAUUCUUACUUCGUCCAAAUGGACAAGGUGUGUGCCCGGCAUCCUGAGGCGGUGGCCAAUUAUCUAUCAAUGAAGCUGCUGUACACAUUCGACGCCAAACUUAAUGGCUCCAAAACCCAAGAAGAUUAUUGCGCCACAAAGCUGCAGAACACCAUGGCGUUCCUAUUCAAUAGACUCGAUAUAGCGGAGCUCUUUAGUGAGGAAAUUAAUUUGGAAGUAUCUGAAAUGGUCGAGGAACUCGAGAACAGCAUGCGAAGGUCGCUGGAGGAAGCCGAUUGGUUGGACUCGGAGUCCCAAAAGGAGAAACUGCUGGAAGAAACGAAAAUUAAGUUUCCUUUCAACUUUACCGAGUACAACUUACUCACCGAUCGCAUAAUCCGGGAAAUUGGCCUCCUGAAAAUAGUCGACAAUACUUACGCUGCGACCAAUAUAAACCUGCAACGCCUCAGUGUCGAAAUCAAUCGAUUCAGCACCCGUCACUCUGCGGAACUUUCCAGGCACUCCAAAUCACAAAAACUUCUGUCGAAAAAGUUCCUUGGCCUAUACACGCAGUUGCUACCGCCUGUUUACCAUCACUCUUGGCCAUUCUCCCUGAAAUUUGGCGCAUUAGGUUUUCUCAUCACUGUCGAUUCCAUCGAAAGCCCCCGGUGGUUAGGAAACCGGGAAGAGGAAUUUCGUAAGCGCGUCGAUUGUUUUGAGGAUUACUACAAAAAGUACGUGAUUUCAAGUGAAUAUGAUGACGUCGACAAAAUGAUCGACUUGGGUAGAUUGCGACUGACAUUUGCUGCCUACCAGAGCCAUAUGAAGUAUAUCCUGGGGGAUUCUAAGCAAGAGAAUGUCAACGAGCGGAUGCGAGGACUAGACCUGUCGCCGAAUCAGCUAUUCUUUCUGGGAUCCGCUCAGAUGCUUUGCUUCAAUGACAAAAGCUAUGUUAAGCAGAUAGCUUUUGGAGCCCUAUCGAGCACCGAAGACUUUUUCCAGGCCUUUAACUGCCCUGUGGGAUCUGGCAUGCGUCCCACAGCCAAAACUUGUCGUCUGUGGUAG